AAGUUCCGUUUUUCUUGGUAUAUCAUAUGGAGACGAAACCACAUUCGUCUUUGUAAAUCGCUGAUGUGGGACUGUCCCACAUGCACAAACCAUGCUGAAGUAUUAGUCAUUAUGACCUUCGAACUGGCCUAAGAUCAUCCCUAAUUAUAUGUGCAAAUGUGCGCAAGAUGUUUACUAAAUGACUCUUGUUUCAACUACACUAUUUAGUAUCUACUUUUUGAUUUUAAUUUUUUAGUUACUAGUAAAUAAUCCAAUGGUGACUAGUAUGUUUUUCAUUUACACUACUAGAAAAGCAGCAUAUUUUGCCAUAUAAUUCUAUAUGACGAUAUGAGGUUUAGAUUCACUUCCAAAUUAAAUGCAUUUUAAUUGCACCUGGUACUACUUCCAGUUUUUCUAGUUUUAGUUUUUUUUAUUAUUAUUAUUAUUCUUUCUCUAGUCUAUUCGUUUAGUAGUAGUAGUAAAAUGUUUUAACUGCUAGUAUCUAUUUCAGUUUUAUUUGCACUUAAUUAUGAGACGCUAGUAUCUGUUUCAAUUGUAACUAGUGGCAUUUAUCUCUGAGAACUGCUUUUUAAAUUCUAUACCUUCAGACUAUUCAGAAUAGUUAUUAUUUGAUGCUUUUCAGUAAAAUGCUAUUAGAAACAGUGGAUAUCUUCUAUUAGUGCAUGGGUGAAUUCAAAAUGUACACGUUAAAAAAAAAAAAAACCAAGUCUAAGGUAUUCCUGUCAUCGCGCGCGCGCGCUCUUUUUGUGGUACGUUGAGUGUAAGCGCUGGAGAGAUUCUUAGAACUUUAACCACCACUCAUUAAUAUUCAUUUGUUUCAAUUUUUCAGCGAUGUGAUUGGCUGUCAGUUCAAAACACUCCAAGCGUGUUGGGCGGGUUCAUUAGAGUGGGCGUGUUUACGCAUGUGAACUUAAAACUUCAACAAACUGCGAGAGGACUCAGAAGUGUGUGUGUGAUUGAAGGAGACGCUCACUGCAAAACGCGGAAUUUAAAUUGAAAACACAGUGACGAACCAUAAGAGAUUACCAUGGAUAUGUCCUGCUGAGGCGGUUUACAAUACUAGCUAAAGAUAUCACUUCUUUAUUUUUUUUUUAGAGUUUUUUCUUUCCGUAUAAAAACUGAAAAUGUUGGAUAAUCGCACUGUUGACCUGCGUUUUGAUCAGCUGGAAGACGUGAGAGCGAAAAAUGCUAAAGAACACUUUGAGAAGCAAUAUAAGAUGGGAGCACUUCUGGGAAGCGGCGGGUUCGGCUCUGUGUUCUCCGGACAGCGCAUUUCAGACGGACAACAGGUCGCUAUUAAACAAAUAUCCCGUGAUAGAAUUCAGCAGUGGGCCAAACUGCCUGGUUCAGCAAACGCAGUCCCCAUGGAGAUCGCUCUCCUGCUGUGUCUGGAUGGAGGGUCAGGGUCGGGUCACCGCAGCAUCAUCCGGAUGCUCGACUGGUUUGAGAUGCCAGGUCAAGAAUACCUCAUUGUGUUUGAGAAACCCCAACAGUGCCAGGACCUGUUUGACUUCAUCACUGAACGUGGGGCCCUGGAGGAACCCAUUGCACAGAGGUUCCUCAAACAGGUCAUUGAAGCCCUGCAGUUCUGCCACUCGGAGGGAAUUGUGCACCGGGACAUCAAAGAUGAGAACAUCCUCGUUGACACCCGCACCGGAGACAUCAAAAUCAUUGACUUUGGAUCUGGCGCUGUACUGAAAGACUCCAUUUACACUGACUUUGAAGGAACACGAGUCUACAGCCCUCCAGAGUGGAUCCUCCACCAGCGUUACAGCGCUCGUCCGCUCACCGUGUGGUCACUGGGCGUACUUCUGUUUGACAUGGUGUGUGGAGACAUUCCCUUCGAGCGGGACGCUGACAUUGUACAAGCCACUCCAAGUUUCACGAAACGCAUCUCCAAAGAAUGCCAGUCUCUGAUUCGCUGGUGCCUUUCAUACAGGCCGGAGGAUCGGCCUAGUUUGGAGCAGAUUUUGCAGCAUCCUUGGAUGAAGGAGAGCUCUGAGGACAUUAGAUAUUUGCAAGCGGAAAGCAAUAUUAAGCCAAGCCUUUAAAUCCUGAAGGACUUUGGACUCGAUUCAGAACUUUCAAACACACUGUUUUGCUUUUACACUGGACUUCCUGAACUCUAGUUGCUGGCUUCUGGAUUCUUCCUUAUUUAUAUUUUUGUGUGGCUGCCUUCAGUGUUCAUGUUGUUUCAUAUGGACUUGGGAUCUAUACUUCUAGAAGCCCAGAAUAGCCCUGGAUUGCUGCAGGUUUACUUUAUGAAUGAAUAUUUCCCACAACUACAACCAUCACAUCUCAAUGCAACUUUUUUUAUUUAUUGGUCAUUAUUUAUUUUCUCUCAGCCACAUACUAAUUUAUUUCUGCAAGAAGUUUCAGAAGCAGUAACCUGUGUUCGUCUUGUUUGUUGGUUGUUUUGAAGUUCUAACUGACUUAAAUGACAACUUGCAGUUAUUUACCAGACUGCCAUGAAACCUGGUUUUACAGGUUUCUGUUGUACAGUGAUAUUCUCUCCCUGUUCUAAGGGGUUUCAAAAAGACUUUGGAUCUGCUUUCCAGUCUUUUGACGGGAGGCCUGGCGGGACAAUAAUUCAGGCUCAUGUGGAUCUGUUCCCAUUUAUCAACACACACUCUCAAAGAAGGUGCGACAGGAGAGAAGAGGAACAUUCCUGUGGAUCCUGUUUACUCUAAAUGAAUCAAUUCCCUAGAUGGAUUCCUCAGAGCCAUUACUAAGCCGGCUUUUGUUUUAUGUCUGUAUUGUUUGAGAAAUGCCUGUGCUGUAACUUAAAGAUUGGUGUCAGGACACUUUGUAUUGAACUAACUCAGAUGUGGCAUUUUGUUGGAAGUUCCCAAAUGUCAGCUUGUAAAGUAAUGUCAUGAGGGUUUCAACCACUAACCCACUGUUGAUGUUUACUAGAAGGGCCUAUGGGCUUUUCCUAAAUGUCUGAUUUCAUUAUAACACACCAAAGAGGUCUGCCUUACUGUCUUAUGUGAUAUAAACAUACAUGAUGGCAAAUUUAUUUGAUUUUGAUUUGAAAUCUGGAAUUUGAAAUGUGUGUUUGGAUCCAAAACAGCAUUGAUAUGUUCGAAUUGUUUGAUUUGAGAUUUUAAAAUUUAAUGUAUGCAAAUUGGACCUUUCCCAACAUAACAUGUAACAGUCAGUUUUUUUCUUUCAUUUUAUGUUACGAAAAAUAAUCCUUGCGGUUUUCGCUUGGGUUGGCACAACAAUUUAGCUGUAAAUACUUGUGUAUUCAACAAUGUGCUGUGGCUGUUGUCACAUCAUGUUUAAUUUAAGAGAUUCUAUGAAUAAAAAUAUAGAUGUGGAAUAUCUUUAUUUAACAAAA